ACCGGGCCCUGCAGGUCUUGUGGCGCAUGCUGUGAGCGCUACCAGGCGGCCAGCCUGCUCUAUGGGUUUGGCGCGAACGUAGGAAACAAACUCGCACUUCUCUCCCGCCAUAAUGAGGCUGUCAGCGUACUCCGUGCUCUCAACGAUAGAGGCAUGGAUCACGGGCUACAAGUCGGAGCACCUGCAACUUGGGCUGCAGCAGGGCAUUUGCCAAGCCAUUGCGUUGAUGCCAGUGCUCAUCAACCAAUUCUUCGUGGCCGUAGAUCGUGGCGGGUCGGCACUGUUCAUCGCCGUGACGGUGGCCGUGGUGCUGGAGCCCAGCACGGGCGAUGCAUUCCGCAAGCUCAUGCUGCGCCUGAUGGCAGCAGGCGUGUCUGGCGGCAUCUCGCUGCUCGUCCUUUAUAUCGCCGUGGGAGACAACUUCUACGACUAUGAUACAUACUACCGCGAGCUGGCCGCCUGGAUUGUGCCCAGUGUGGCCAUCUUCAGCUUUGUGUAUGCCACCAACCAGCAGCGCUACUUGCACCAGCGCGAGUUCUGGAGCGUAGCGCUGCUCACGCUGCCCAUCGUCAUUGUGCCGGCUGUGAGGGCCCCCGCCGACACCUUUUACAGCGGGGCCGCCUUCCGCAUGCUGGAUGUGGUCCUGGGCAUCGGGCUGGCGGCAGUGGUGUCCUUCUUUGUGUUCCCUGUGCGGGCCCGCUCCCUGCUGCAAAAGAAGAUGGCCAGCACGCUGAUCCGCGUGGGCGACCUGGCGGUGUGGCUGCUGGGCCAGGCAUGCGUGCCGCCCGCGCCCGGCACCGGCGGCUCCAUGCCCGGCAGGAGCGCCACGGACAAGCAGUGCCUGUAUACGGACGACGGGCUGCGGGCGCGGCUGGCGCCGCUGAUGCAGACCACCAACAGGCUGGCAGACGACAUCAGCUCCAUGUGGAAGCUGCUGGAGGCGGCCAACGCGGAGUUCCGCUUCCUGCCGCCGCACCGUUUCCCCACAGAGCAGUACAGGAACCUGCUGCACAGCUGCCACGUCAGCAUGGGCAUCUUCUACACCCUCAUCAACGCCAUGCAGUGCGGCGACGUGUCGCUGGCCACAGCGCAGCACCAUAUCGGAAACUUGUCUGAGGCGGGGGUGCGCCUGUCGGCAGGCUUCACCGCGCUGGGCAGCAUGAUCCGGCCACCCAAGGCGAAGAAGGGCGCCAAGAAGGGGUGGAAGAGGUGGGGCAAGAAGCGGAAGGCGGCGGCAGCGGGGGAGGCGGCGGGAGGCGCGGCCGCGGCGGCGGCGAGCGGAGGAGCGGCGACAGCUCAGCCUCAGCAGCAGCAGCAGCACAGGGGUGGCUGCAUGCGGCCGCAGUCGUCGCUGGCGGCGCCGCUGGUAGGGGACGUGGAGGCGGCAGCAGGGGCAGCAGCAGAUGCGGCAGACGCGGCAGACGAUCCGUUUGCUGAGAUGGAAGCAGAGGGCUCAGAUGGCGCCCUCUCUCCGCCGCCCGUGGUGGGCCUGUCUGACAGCCAGCUGCUGUCGGCGCAGCAGAUGGCGCGGCACCUGUCCCAAGUCAUGGUGCUGCACUCCUCUGGGGAGGCCUCGGGCGGCGGCGGCGGCAGCAGCAGCGUGCACGGCAGCAGGCACGGCGGGGAGCCGCUGUCGCCGCUGGAGGAAUCCAGCUUGGAGCGGCGCCACGACGACGGCGAGGCCGGUGGCGACGGCAACGGCGUGGCGGUGGCGGCCCCGGCGGCGGACGGCGCCAACAAGCCCAGCUUGGGCGCCAGCACCCUGGCGGGCGCGGGCACCACCAGCGGGGAGCGGCGCGACUGGGUGCUGGCCAAGCUGCAGGCGCUGGUGGAUGCGGUGCAGCAGCUGGAGGCGGCCUCGCUGCGGGAGAGGGAGGAGCACCAGAUUGCCGGCCUGCACUCCUUCCUGCUGCUGACGCACGCGGUCGUCAACCUCACGCGCCAGUGCGGCGCCUGCUUCACCGCACUGGACCCUGAGCGGGGUUCCGCGCUGCACCAGUACUUCCAGGCAGCGCGCACGAAGACAUACCCCCCGAGAGUGAUGGCCGGGAGGGCGAGGCGGGUGCCUGAACGGCUGGGCGCGUUUGCCGGGGAGGCAGAGGUGGAGGAUGCCCUGGAGCUGGGAGAGGAGGGCCUGGAGGAGGAGGCGGAGUAUGCACGUCCGCGCAAGGUCCUGCGGCGCGGCGGCGCGGGCUGGGCCAGGCCUGCCGUCACCGCAGACGACGUCAGCUGCCUGCUGGCAGGCGCCCCCGCGCUGGUGGACCAGCUGCUGGAGGAGUGCAGCAUCCGCAGCGUGACGCUGGUGGCGCGGGACGCGGUCAACCUGUCGCUGGCAGCCGGGGGCAAGGUGGAGCUGAGCCCUGUGUGGGCUGCCCUGGCGCAGCGCCUCAGGAAAAAAGCGGCAGCCAAGGCGGCAGCAGGCUCGCUAGCUGCGGAGGCCGACGCUCCUGGCUCGCCACACGAGGCUUCCGGCAGCAGCGCGGCAACCGGCACGCGCCCGCCGGCCAAGAGGCGGUGCAGCGGCCGGAAGCCCGCCAAGCAGCCGCCAAAGCCGCCCACUGACCUGGAGAUUGUGCAGGCGGCUGUGGCUGCCGACCCAGCCAGGAAGAACGAAGUCAAGAAGGCUGAUGCGCAGCACCUGUUCCAGCUGUCCAACAAGAACCUGCAGGGGGUGAAGACGUACAGGGGCAGGUGGGGCGCCACCUACAUUCUCGAGAUGGAUGCGCGCUCCGCGGCACACAAGAAGCACGGCGACGAGGCGCAGAUGCAGGCCCGGAAGCUGGCCGCGGCGGCCCGCUGCGAGCAGGCGCGCAAGACGCACGAGGAGCGGCAGGCGGAGCUGAGGCGGCGGCGUGAGGAGGAGCUGGCGUUCAGGCUGGCCGAGAACCGCCUGCCCGCCAACGCCGCCUCAGAGGACGGCCUGCCUGAGUACUGGCACCUACUGGCCUGGCUGAAUUAUGGCCACCGCAACCUGACUGAGGUACUGGAUCCAAUGAUUAAGGCCUACAGGGACAGCCUGGCGCGCCAGCAGCGGCAGGCUGCGCUGGACGAAGGGCUGGCGCAGGAGGGCAUGUCUUUCUUCAAGCGCGACUGGCGGUACCGCGCUUUCCUCGCGCAUGGCAUCGUGGAGGAGGUGGAGUCGGUCCUGGUGGUGGCGCGGCGGCAGCAGGAGGCGCGCCGCCAGGAGCUGUUCCGAGUGCUGGAUCUGGAGGAGAGGCUGGAUGCCGCCUGCCUGUCGUGCCUCUACACCGCCACCGGCCCGCAGUUCCGGGAGUGGGUGGCCACAGGGGAGGGCGACAUUGAUGGGCAGGUGGCGGAGCUGGGCGCUCAGCUGAAGCGCCAGACCCAGCUGCUCGGGCUGCUGGACCUCAACGGCUUGAUGCACCGCCGCAGCGCCGGCCGCUGCAAGCUCUUCAUCCAGGGUGGCGGACCGCACGGCGGCGCCGACGACGUGGUCAAGGGCCUGCUGCGCAGCCUCAGCAAGCAGCACUCGCGCUGCAGGCAGCUGCAGGACAGGCGCGCCGCGGGCUGCCGUGAUGCCUGCCGGCGCCGCUGCCGUUGGGGCUGGGUUGGAACUCCAGCCUGCUUGCGGCACAGCCAGAUGGGCGCUCGCAGGCUGCCUUCAGCAGCUGUGUUUGGCCCUGCGGCACCAGGCACCCCACAUUAG